GCUGCGCCUGCGCAGUCGACGCGUCGGCCCGGCGCAGUGCGUCAGCCGCCGCCGUGGGCUCCUUAUGGCCCUGAGUGUGCGCCCUGAAGCCGGGAAGAUGGUGCUUGAUCUGGAUUUGUUUCGAGUGGAUAAAGGCGGAAACCCAGACCUCAUCCGAGAAACGCAGGAGAAGCGCUUCAAGGACCCGGGACUCGUGGACCAGCUGGUGAAGGCAGACAGUGAGUGGCGACGAUGCAGAUUUCGGGCAGAUAACUUGAACAAGCUGAAAAACUUAUGCAGCAAGACAAUUGGAGAGAAGAUGAAGAAAAAAGAGCCAGUGGGAGAUGACGAGUCUGUUCCCGAGGACGUGUUAGAUUUCGACGCCCUCACUGCGGACGCUUUAGCGAACCUGAAAGUCUCACAAAUUAAAAAAGUCCGACUCCUCAUUGAUGAAGCCAUCCUGAAGUGUGACGCAGAGCGGUUAAAGCUGGAGGCAGAGCGGUUUGAGAAUCUUCGAGAGAUUGGGAACCUGCUGCACCCCUCUGUGCCCAUCAGUAAUGACGAGGAUGCAGACAACAAAGUAGAAAGGAUUUGGGGUGACUGCACAGUCAGGAAGAAGUACUCUCACGUGGACCUGGUAGUGAUGGUCGAUGGCUUUGAAGGCGAAAAGGGGGCCAUAGUGGCUGGGAGUCGCGGGUACUUCCUGAAGGGGGUUCUGGUGUUCCUGGAACAAGCGCUCAUCCAGUUUGCCCUUCGCACCCUGGCAAGUCGAAACUAUGUUCCCAUUUACACCCCCUUCUUCAUGCGGAAGGAGGUCAUGCAGGAAGUGGCUCAGCUCAGCCAGUUUGAUGAAGAACUUUAUAAGGUGAUUGGCAAAGGCAGUGAAAAGUCUGAUGACAACUCCUAUGAUGAGAAGUACCUGAUUGCUACCUCAGAGCAGCCCAUUGCCGCUCUGCACCGGGAUGAAUGGCUGCGGCCAGAAGACCUGCCCAUCAAGUAUGCUGGCCUGUCCACCUGCUUUCGCCAGGAAGUGGGCUCCCAUGGCCGCGACACCCGUGGCAUCUUUCGAGUCCAUCAGUUUGAGAAGAUCGAGCAGUUUGUGUAUGCGUCGCCUCACGACAACAAGUCAUGGGAGAUGUUUGAGGAGAUGAUCGCCACCGCAGAGGAGUUCUACCAGGCUCUGGGGAUCCCGUACCACAUCGUGAAUAUCGUCUCGGGUUCUUUGAAUCAUGCUGCCAGUAAGAAGCUCGACCUGGAGGCCUGGUUUCCAGGCUCAGGAGCUUUCCGGGAGUUAGUCUCCUGUUCCAACUGUACAGAUUACCAGGCUCGCCGCCUCCGUAUCCGAUAUGGACAGACCAAGAAGAUGAUGGACAAGGUGGAAUUUGUCCACAUGCUCAAUGCUACGAUGUGUGCCACUACCCGGACCAUCUGUGCCAUCUUGGAGAACUAUCAGACAGAGAAGGGCAUCCUCGUGCCUGAGAAACUGAAGGAGUUCAUGCCUCCAGGGCUCCAAGAGCUGAUCCCCUUUGUGAAGCCGGCACCCAUUGACCAGGAGCCAUCAAAGAAGCAGAAGAAGCAGCACGAGGGCAGCAAGAAGAAAGCGGCAGCAAGGGAUGUCACCUUGGAAAGCCAGCUGCAGAGCAUGGAGGUCACCGAGGCCUGAACUCUCCUUCCUUGCAGUCUGCUGGGCUUCGUUUCUGUCUGCGGGGACUCGGAGGCCGUCCAGAGCAGGCUGGCCACGCACUGACCCAUCACCCUGCCCAUCUGACUGCAUCGCUCGCAGGAACCGUCCGCUGGGCACGGCACAUGUCCCUGUCUCCUCGCAUGGGCAUGGGGUCCACCAUGAUGACUGAUGAAACCGUGUAAUAAAGCAUCUGGGGAGGGCUCCACACUCUUGUCGUGUCCUUGAGGCUCA